CGACAAUAUGGCGACGGUGUGCGUUCUGAGCGUUGGUCCCAGGAUCCCGGGGAGCCGCGCAAGUGGCCCAGGAAGGAGGUAAGACACGUUCAGAAGAAGCAAGUGGAAAGCAAAAGCCAGAUAAAGGCAAGGCGUGUGCUUCAGUGGCACCCACAAGCUUGCUGAGAAAUGCCCAGUGUGGCUGUGAAGGGGCAUGGCCCAGUGGACCUUAUCUUCAAGUCCUCUUUCAAGUGCCUUUCGUGAAUGGUGAGUCCCCGGGCUCCCAGGAAAAACUCUGGAUCUUAUGCCCAUUCGUAUUCUUCAGGGUGCUGCCUCAUACCUGUUGCCAGACCUGGGGAUCAGGACCUUUCCUCCAUGACAGUGAUGGCCACAGUGCAUCUCCUCCAUCAUUCUCUCUUUCUCAUGUCCCCCCUGUCUUCUCUCUGCUCUCUCCCCAGCUCUGAACUCACACCUGGACCUAGCAGGAACUACUGGUUUAGUAAGAGGGCUCCCUGGAGCAUCCCCAGGUGAACAAUGCUCACUCAGACCCCAAGCCCCAUGACGCCACCCGUGGACAAUGGGGACUACACCAUGAACUCCGGCGCAUCCUGUCUGAGUACCAGCACAGUGGCCAUCCCCUCUGCCAACAGCAGCAGCGCAAUCAGGAGUGCCUGCAGCAGCGUCAGUGCCCGGCCAACCAGCUCCACAGACGUGCAAAGGUUCCUCCAAAGAAAGCAAGACAUAGUGAAGAAGAGGGUCAUCUGGGGCAUUGAGGUGGCCGAGGAGCUGCAUUGGAAAGGCUGGGAGUUGGGGAAAGAGACAACAAGGAACCUGAUUCUGAAAAAUCUAUCCUUGAAAACCCAGAAGAUGACAUACAGGCCUCCCAAGACCAAAUUCUUCUUCACGGUCAUCCCGCAGCCCAUCUUCCUGAGCCCGGGCAUAACCCUCAUGCUCCCCAUCAUCUUCCGGCCUCUAGAGCAGAAGGAGUAUGUGGACCAAAUGUGGUUUGAGAAGGCAGAGGGGAAAUUCUCCGUAGACCUGAGGGCCAUGUUGCCUUGCCACAAGCUGAUCUGCCCGCCGCUCCUGCAGCUGCCCAUGUGUGCCGUCGGGGACAUGGUGGAGGCUUGCUUCUGCCUGGACAAUGUAGGGGACCUGCCCACCUUCUUCACUUGGGAAGUCCCCAGUCCAUUCCACAUGCUGCCCUCCACGGGGCUACUGGAGCCAAGCCUGACCUUUCGGAUCAAAGUGACCUUUCAGCCCCUUAUAGCUGGCAUCCACGAAGUUCGUGCCACGUGCUGGUAUGGGACAGGCAGCCGGCAGAAGAGCAGCAUCCAGCUACAAGCUGUAGCCAAAUGCACCCAGCUGCUGGUACGCAUAAAGCAUAAGCAACCGGAGGACCAGGAUGCUGAGGGCUUCCAGAAAGUGUUGCACUUUGGCUCUGUUGCUGUGGGCUGCACCAUGGAGAGGAAGAUCAAGCUGUAUAACCCAUCGGUGGUGAAUGCCCCCUUCAGGAUUGAAAUAUCCUCAGACCUGCUGGGCAAAGACCAGGCCUUCUCAUGCCCCACAGCCCAUGGCAUCGUGCCCCCAGGAGGGAAGAAAUGUGUGUCAGUGUUCUUCCACCCUGAGACCUUGGACAGCAGAAGUAUGGACUACUUCUCCAUCAUGCCUUCUGGCUGUUCCUCCCAGACCCAGCUCAAAGUCAUCGGUGUCUGUAGAGGUCCUGCUGUGUCCCUGCAGCACUAUUGCAUCAACUUUGGAUGGGUCUACCUUGGGGAGCACUCAGAGGAGCCCCUGUGGAUUGAGAACAAGUCAGACUGCAUAGCCCACUUCCAGUUUGCCAUUGACUGUCAGGAGAGCAUCUUCAGCAUCAGGCCUGCCCAUGGGACUCUGGUGGGCAAGGCCCGGGUGACCCUGCACUGUGCCUUCCAGCCCACUAACCCCAUCAUCUGCUUUCGACGGGUGGCCUGUCUCAUCCACCAUCAGGACCCCCUGUUCCUGGACCUGAUUGGGACCUGCCACUCGGAUAGCACCAAGCCGGCCAUCCUAAAGCCUCACCACCUCUCUUACUACCGCACACACCUGGCCCGGGGCCUGACGCUCUACCCACCCGACAUCCUGGGUGCCAUGUUGAAGGAGAAGAAGCUGUAUCAGGAUAAGGACGGGGCCCUCAUGAUUCCCACAGAGGACACGGAGGACAUGUCAGCCCCACAAUAUCCCUAUAUCCCCCCAAUGACUGAGUACUUCUUCGAUGGCACCAGCGACAUGGCCAUCUUCCCGCCUCCCGUCAGUAUAGAGCCUAUCGAUGUGGAUUUUGGUGCUUGCCCAGGGCCUGAGGCCCCCAACCCUGUCCCACUGUGCCUGAUGAACCACACCAAGGGCAAGAUCACCAUGGUCUGGACACGCAGAUCUGACUGCCCCUUCUGGGUAACCCCCAACAUCUGUGAUGUGCCACCGCUCAAGUCCACAGCCAUGCGCCUGCACUUCCAGCCACUUCACCCCAACUGCCUCUACGCAGUGGAGCUUGAAGCUUUUGCUUUCUAUAAGGUCCUGCGGAGCUACAACAACAUUGAGGAGGACUGUACCAUGUGCCCAUCCUGGUGCCUAACGGUGCGGGUGCGAGGUCACAGCUAUCAUGCUGCCUUUGAGCACCACGUCCCUCAAUAUUCCCUGGAUGGCCCCAAACUGUUCCCCGCAGUGCCCUCCUUUGAGCCUGCCUACCGCAGCCUGCUUCUUGUCAACAAAGGCUCCAUGAUGCUGACCUUUAACCUGGCCCCCAACAGCAGCUCAGACAUCACCCUGAGGCCCACCUCGGGCCAUGUGGCCCCUGGGGCCCACCAGAUUUUCCUUAUCUGCACCCACCCCAAGGGCAACUCCUGGAAGCAGCACAUUUUCUAUCUUCAGUUCAAUUUUUGUCCCCAGUAUCUCAAGGAGGUAAGCAUGCAGAGCCGGGAAGAGCCACUGCAGCUGAAGCUGGACACCUGUAAAACCCUUUACUUCAAGCCCACCUUGGUGGGCUGCUCCUCCACCAGCCCCUUCACCUUCCGCAACCCUUCACGUUUGCCCCUGGAGUUUGAGUGGAGGGUCUCCCAGCAGCACAGGAAGAUGCUGGCUGUCCAGCCCUCCAGGGGGCUCAUCCAACCCAAUGAAAACCUUAUGCUGACAUGGACUUUCAGCCCUUUGGAGGAGACCAAGUAUCUAUUCCGAGUGGGAAUGUGGGUCUGGGAAGCUGGCCUGCCCCCCCACAUCAUCAGUCCCCCUCCACCAACACACUACACACUGCGCCUGGUGGGCGUGGGCAUCACCAGCAGCCUCUCUGUGAAGGAAAAGAAGCUGGAUUUUGGGCAUGUGCUGGUGAAUGACAAGCAGUCCCUGUCUCUGGUCCUCCUGAAUGAGGGUAGCUGCACCCUCUAUUACCACCUGUACCUGGAUCAGCUUAGCCCCAAAGUCAUCGAAGACCAACCCCUUGCUCUGCAGAUGGACCGGACAGAGGGAAGCAUGCCACCACGGUCCCAGGACACUGUCUGCUUGACUGCCUGUCCCAAGCACCGGGCUCAGUACUCCUGGACUGUUAGUUACGCUCUCCUCUCCCACAGAGAUAACAAGGUUAGGGAAAAGCAAGAACUGUGCCAUGUCUCCCUGGUGGCUGUGUUCCCCUUACUCUCCAUCUUGGAUGUCAACUCCAUGGGCAGCGCUGAGGGCAUCACCCGGAAGCACCUGUGGCGCCUCUUCUCCCUGGACCUUCUCAACAGUUACUUGGAGCGUGACCCCACCCCCUGGGAGCUCACCUACAAGGUGCCCACCCGACAUAGCACAAGCCAGAUCCCCCCCAUCUUCACCCCUUUGAAGCUUGACUUCAAUUUUGGGGCAGCACCAUUCAAUGCCUCACCCUCAGUGGUGCUCUUGGUGCUGAAGAACAGCGGAGUGGUGCCCCUGGACUGGGCCUUCCUCUUUCCAAGUGACCAACAGAUUGACCUGGAGCUAUGGGCAGAGCAAGCAGAGUUUAACUGCACUGAGCUUCACCAAAUGCGUGUACAGGACAACUGCAUCUUCUCCAUCAGCCCUAAGACCGGGAGCCUGAGUCCCAGGCAGGAACAGAUGGUGGAGCUCAAGUACAGCCACCUGUUUAUCGGCACUGAUCGCCUCCCGGUGCUCUUCAAGGUGUCCCAUGGCCGGGAGAUCCUGCUAAAUUUCAUAGGUGUGACAGUGAAGCCGGAGCAGAAGUAUGUGCACUUCACCUCCACCAGUCACCAGUUCAUCCCUGUCCCCAUUGGUGACACACUGCCCCCACGGCAGAUUUAUGAACUAUAUAAUGGUGGCUCAGUACCCGUGACAUAUGAGGUCCAGACCAACAUCCUGUUGCAAGUUCAAGAAAAAAAUUUCGAUCAUCCUAUCUUCAGCUGUCUCAACCCCAAAGGGGAGAUCCAGCCGGGAACCACUGCUCGGGUCUUGUGGAUCUUCUCACCCAUUGAGGCCAAGACCUACACGGUGGACGUGCCCAUCCACAUCCUGGGAUGGAACUCAGCCCUCAUCCACUUCCAGGGAGUGGGCUAUGACCCUCAUGCCAUGGGGGACACAGCUCCCUUCCACAACAUCUCUUCAUGGGACAACAGCUCCAUACAUUCUAGGCUGAUGGUUCCUGGACAGAAAGUCUUCCUGUCCCAGUCUCAUAUCUCCUUGGGAAACAUCCCUGUGCAGAGCAAGUGCAGCCGCCUGCUCUUCCUCAACAACAUCUCCAAGAAGGAGGCAAUUGUCUUUGCCUGGCAGCCAAGGCCUGUAGACUUUGGGAAGGUGUCUGUGAGUCCCAUGGUAGGAAAGGUAGCUCCUGAAGAGACGGUCCCAAUUAUGGUGACUCUGAAGGCUUCAGUGCAUGCCAGCUUCUACAGUGUAGACCUGGUAUGCAAGGUGUACCCACAGGAACUCAUGAGGCAGUACCAUGAGGACCUGCAGGAGUGGAAGGAUGAGAAAAGGCGGCAGGAAGUGGAGUUCACCAUCACGGACAGAAAAGUGAAGGAAAGGGCAUAUUGUUCAGCCUGUGUACCUUCGAGGAAGUACAAGACACUACCUCCCAUCAAGAACCAGCAGCCUCUUCUUACCCGGCCUGCCAGCUGGAAACUGCAGAUCCCACCUGAGGAGACAUCCUGGCCAUGUCCCCAGCCACCCCCGACAAGCAUUCUCUGCCUGAGCCUCACUGCCCGAGCCCACGCCACCGAUUACUUUCUGGCCAACUUCUUCUCAGAGUUUUCCAGCCACUUCUUGCACUGGGAGCUGCCAAAGAGGAAGCCCCAUAAGGAGGAGUCAGAGACUUAUGAAGAAGAAUCCCCUAACAAGUGGGGUCCUGUCUCCAAGCAGAAAAAGCAGCUGCUGGUUGAUUGUCUCACUGCCAUCAUCAGAGGCCUGCUGGAGGACAAGAACUUCCAUGAAGCCGUGGACCAAAGCCUAGUGGAGCAGGUGCCAUACUUCUGCCAGUUCUGGAAUGAGCAGUCAGCCAGGUUCCCAGACCACAUGAACAGCCUGCACUUAAUGCUAACCCCAUCGUCACCCACCAGCAGCUGGGAGGAAGAGGAAAGCCAACAGCAGACAGACACACCAGGGGAGGGCAGCCUGAGGCUGGGGAAAAAGGAAGGGGAGGAAGAGGAGGAGAAGGAUGAAGAGGAGGAGGAGUUGGAAGAGGAAGAGGAGGAGGAGGAGGAAAUAGAAGUGGAGGAGGAGUUGGGCAAGGAGAUAGAGAAGGAAGAAAGAGAGGAGAAGGAAGAGAAGGUGGCCUGGAUGGAGAGUGAGCCCACACUGCAGCUGGAGUCCAAGGAGUCGUCCCAGCAGUGGCAACUGCAGCAGCAGCUGAAAGCCAUGGUGAAGGAGGAGCAAGAACGGGAUGAGAAGGAGGCCAUCAGGAGGCUCCGGGCCUUCACCAACCUGCAGGAGGCGCUGCUGGAGAACAUGCUCCAGAACGUCCUGGUGGAGGCGAGCCGAGGGGAGGUGGUGCUCACCUCGCGGCCGCGCGUCAUUGCUUUGCCACCGCUCAGUGCGCCUAGGAUUCUGACCCCGGACAUGCUGCUGACGCAGCGAACAGAGGUACUCAACCCAGUGAUGCCACAUCCUCCCCACUCUGCAGAUACAUGUGUCCAACCCCCCUAAUGUGCCACCCUUGGCUUCGCCCAGCCCCCUCUUCACCGCUCAGCCAG